AUGGGCAACGCUGCUUGUCGAAGUCUUCUCGAUGAAGCAAAAAACUACCAACUUCUGAGAUUCUCUUCAUUUGAACAACCGAAUAUUCAAGAACCACGCACUCGAUCGCGGGAGCCACUCAAACUUAUUUUGCGACACAUUGACGGUUUUGUCUGUGUGGAACGCAUUAAUCCCGAAGAAGCGCGACCCGUAUGGCGAACGGUUGCUCCCAUGAGCAGGAGAAGAGUCGGACUCGGCAAUGCUUUUCUCGACGACUUCCUCUACGCUAUUGGUGGUGUGGAUGGCGAAACAUAUUUGAAUAGUGCUGAAAGGUAG